UCAGUUAGGGGAACACACGGCGGACGUACUUAAUUCUCGACGCCCGUCCACACUUCCAAGACAGACCAAUGAACUUCGCUCAGUUAUCGCCUUCGUAGGAUAUCUAUUGCAAUACGACCUGUGAAGGCUGCUCGAUCCCAAAUUUUCAAGAUUCAAGAGAGAAUUCAAUGCGUGACUGGUGAAUGUCCGGGAUCCGAGCCGUAUGAGAAAAAGCAUUGACGCCACGACUGGGAUUUGCUAAGAUAGCGCAGUUCACGCUUAACUUUAAAGUUGCAACAUUGAUUUUCACCUACUAAAGACAGCUGCUCUAAAAUAACGAAGCGCAUGGCCAGCGAUACCAAUAGAAAUUGAUUCGAAUUAACUGCUGAAUUAUCGGGCCUCUUCAGGAUCAGUACAUGGCAUAAUGAUUCAGUUGCACGCAUGGGCCACUCAUCGUCUUUUGUCACCUCCUCCAGGCAACCUGGGUGCAUCCGCUACCCCCGUCGCACAAGAGCGCCCAUAGUAAGGGGAGCGGGCCUCCGCCCUUCUUGAACAGAGGAGAGAAUCGUGAGAUUGUAUUUCGAAAAUGCCUACGAGCGAUCGUACCACACUUCGCUACGGGUCUCGCUCUACAAGGGACAACGAAGAUAAUGCUCACAAAAUAACUUCUAAUAGGGUGAGCGGCGAAUGUGUAACAUCGGCGGGCGUGCCGUUGACAAUUCACGAUGGCCGAUCACCAUCGCGCUCCCCAAGCAAUGGGGUGACUGACAAGGUGAUUAAGUUGAAGAAAAUUAUGCGACGAGCCUUCAAGUUAGUAGCAAAACGUCAGAAGAGACUGGUGAAAGGUACGCGAGAUAGCUUCAAGAUGUUCCUGAGACACUGCAGUUCGCAAGUAACGCCCCGUCUCUUGAUGACGCCAAUGGAGUAUUUUUUGGUCGAGCAGGUACGUCUCACUGCUAUUGCGAUUUAUCGUCGAAUUAUGUCUCAGAAGCUAACGUUUCUAGACGUCCGGGAGGAUCUUGGUAACCUCAUGUCACUCUACGAUGACACCCGUUCCGAGCAUCGACAAGCCGCUCAGACUCUCGCAGUCUACUUCCACAAGCUCGUCUUGAUAACGGCAGUCCUAGCCGGCGAACUUGAAGAAGCGUCUCGUGUUCAGCGAACGAAUUGGUACUCCGUAAUUGAUCUUCUCUAUUCAGCUGAGAACGUUAUUUCAAGUCCUUCAAGUUCUAAAAGACUGAAAGUAGACGAGCGGUUUGGAUUCAGACUUGACGCACUUGAGCCUUUAUUGGUACCCCGUUUAGACCAGAUCACAAAGCUCCGUCUACUAGGUAAAGGAGGUUUUGGAUCAGUGUAUAAAGUGAAUAUAGGAGGCUUAACGUUAACGUGUAAGUUGAUUCGCCAAACGCGCUUACAUAGUGAACGAGCGAAGUGCGCAGAUAAGCUUGUUGCCACGUUGGUACAGAGUCGUUUAUUAGUGAUUGUCUAUGCCUGCUUCAAGGCGGAGGGUGCUUAUGUCUGCCUUAUGGAGUACCUACGUGGGGUGGACCUUUACAAAGCCAUUCGGGGUCAACCUCGAUUCUCGGUCGAAUUAUGCCGAAUCAUAUUGUCUCAAUUGUGCCUCGCUAUACAAUAUCUUCACGUAACAGGCUUCAUCCAUCGUGAUAUCAAGCCAUCCAAUAUGAUUAUCAUGCCAAACUGUCGCAUCCGACUCAUCGAUUUUGAUACAUGCAAGGUAUGCGCGGUUAAUGCAUCGGGUGGCGUGAAUCGCUCAUAUAUUAGAAAAUCAUUUACCGAAUUUCACGAUGGGCAAACGGCGGGAACGCUUCACUAUCUCGCCCCCGAGGUUUUGAGGGGAUUUCAAUAUGGACGUGCUAUUGACUGGUGGGCUGUCGGUGUAACUGCUUAUCUUCUAGCCACCCAGACUACGCCGAUUAGGGGUAAGGAUGCGCGUGCAGUAAAACAAUCUAUAACAUCUGAUGAAAAGCAUAUAAACUUCGCUAAAAUUCAAGAGAGUGAUCUGCGUCACAUCAUUUCUAGGUGGAUGACGAGAGACCCUUACGAUCGUCUGACGGGGGUACUCCUGUCUGACAUAACGACACAUCCUUUCUUCCUGGGUGUGGAUUGGAAGGACAUGGAAUGUGGUGAAGGUAAAUUAUACACGUACUCCCCUAUUCUAAAGCUAAUGAAGCAACACAGUGACACCAGCGAAUAUUCACCACCUAGCGCUGCUGUACCAAGCUAUUCCAGGACACGACAUAGGAUCCUUGAUCUUGACGAUAUUUUGGAUUCCCCAGCGCAAAUCCCAUUGUUGACGUUCGUAUCCCAUGGAAUGAUGCGCGUUCUUCAGAAAAUGGAACGGGAUGAAACCCCCUGUGAAGCCGACCUAAACGAUCAGCGUGAGAUCACAAAAAUGGCACUCACUUCUACGAAAAAGCUUGAUUUAAACAAUUCCUAUCGCUUCAAAGAGCUGCUGCUGGCACCGAGAACAAGAUCGCAUUAUUACAUGUGAUACGCGCUUGAAACCGUAAGAACGAUGCAGUCGUUGACGUUCGAGAGCGGGUGCGCUGGGUGUUGAUGAAGCUGCUAUAUAGAGUCGCUUAACAAAGGAGUCGUGAGAAGAGGGGAAAAUUGCAAAAUGAUCAUUGUGUAUCAGAGAAGGAAGCGAUGAAAACUUCCAAAUUUUUAUGUAAGCCCAUAAUGCUGCGGCUUUUGUAAAAGUAAAACAUAAGCCUUUAUGGCUUAAAUGGAUUCUAUAAUUUUCCGUAAUACUGUUAAUUGUAUUUUGUUUGUAUGCGCAUAUUUUUAAUGAACAAUACAUAUGUAUGUAUUUUUAAUUUUUUGUAUAAUCUAACAGUUUUAUGCGUAUAAUAAAUAGUCCGGCAAGUUAUUUUUA